ACACCAGGAAGGCAGUAUUCCGAUCCAGGACGUGAAGAGCAGAGAGCAAAGACUAUGCAGCAGCAUCUGGAAGGAAACCCAGGCAGAUCAACCUUCACUUACCAGCUGUUCUGAUCUCCUCAAACACCAGAACAGGCACUCUGCAUCCCAUCUGGUUCCCAAACAUCCCAGCUUAGAGGAUUCCCUAGGAUAGCUACCCCAGUGACCUUGCUUCCAGAGAAGACCUGACCUCUCAGGAGGUCCACUCACAUCAUCACUCAGGAGCAGAUCAACUAUUUUAUCUGCACUGAGGAAACUAUCUCUAUGGCAGGGUAUAAACUCCUUCAAUGAUGACAUUACUGAGGUUGUGGUUUUCCAAACACUUCAGAGAGUAUGCCAUGCUCAGUACUGACUUGAGGAUCAUGCAGAGUAUUAUCAACUACUCCCAGUCAUGGGUCAGACCUCCUCUUCUACAUCCCCCCAGAAGGAGGACCCUGUUUUGACCUCCAGCCUUGACUCCAAUCUUCAAAAUUUCAAGAUGGAAACCAAAGUCCUGUCUCAGGAAUUAAUCACCUUGAUUGGAUCAUACCUAGAGGAUGGAAACCUUCAGGGAACAGUUUCUGCCAUCAGAGAUGCUCUGAGUGACAUUGAGAAAGCCCCACUGAACAUUGCAGUGAUGGGGGAGACUGGGGCUGGAAAAUCCAGUCUCAUCAAUGCUCUGCAGGGAGUGGGGCUUGAUGAAGAGGGUGCGGCUGCUUCCACUGGAGUCAUAUGUACAACCAUGGAGAGGACAUCAUACCCAUACUCCAAGUGUCCCAGUGUAACACUAUGGGACCUGCCUGGCAUCGGGUCCACUGCCUUCCAACCACAUGAUUAUCUGAAGAAAAUCAAGUUUGAGGAGUAUGACUUCUUCAUUAUUGUCUCUUCUGGACGCUUUAAACAUAAUGAUGCAGAACUAGCCAAAGCCAUUGUGCAAGCGAAUAGGAGUUUCUAUUUUGUACGAACCCACACAGAUCAUGAUCUAGUGGUUCAAAAACGGUGUCGUCCUCAGAGAUUUAAUAGAGAGAAUGUCUUAAAGGAGAUUCGAAAUUACAUUUCCAGUAUACUUAAGGAAGUUACCCAGCAGGAGCCUCCAGUCUUCUUAGUCUCUAACUUUGAUGUGUCUGACUUUGACUUCCCAAAGCUGGAGACCACCCUUCUGAGGGAGCUCCCAGCCCAGAAAGGCCACCUCUUCAAGCUCACUUUGCCAACUGUGACUCAUUCCACCAUAGACCAGAAGAGGGAUGCACUAAAACAGAAGGUCUGGAAGGAAUCUGUAAUGCCAAGAGCAUUGGCCACCAUCCCAUUUAUGGGCUUGACCAAAAAUGACAUAGAGAAGUUGGAAGAGACUUUGAACCUCUGCAGAUCUUCCUUUGGCCUGGAUGAGGCAUCCCUGGAGAACAUUGCUGAGGAUUUGCACGUGCCACUGGAAGAACUCAAGGCGAACAUUAAAUCUCCACAAUUGUUCUCAGAAGAGCAGGGUAAAUCCUUAACAGAUAAACUAUUAGAGUACAUUAGCUGUCCUUACUUUUCAAAGGUUUUCCACUUGCAAAAUUACUUCAUUGACACUGUGGCAAAUGAUGUUAAAAGUCUCCUUAGCAAAGAAGAGUUUUUUAUGGAGAAGCCUCUUCUAUGGCAAACAGCUACAGGCACGCCUUCCAGACCCUCUGCUCCAAUGGCUCAGCUUUUGGCAUCCAGCUUUGAAAACUUCUUUAAGAAUUUCAGGAAGGAAAACAAAAUCCUCUCCGAGGAAACCAUCACCUUGAUUGAAUCCCACCUGGAGAAUAAGAACCUUCCAGGAGCAGCUUCUGUGAUCAGCGAUGCUCUGAGAAACAUCGACAGAGCCCCCCUGAACAUUGCGGUGACUGGAGAAACAGGGGUGGGCAAAUCCAGCUUUAUCAAUGCCCUGAGGGGAGUGAGGGAUGAAGAAGAAGGUGCAGCCCCCACUGGGGUGGUAGAGACAACCAUGAAGAGAACUCCAUACCCACACCCAAAGCUUCCCACAGUGACAAUAUGGGACCUGCCUGGCAUUGGGUCCACUACCUUCCCACCACAAAACUACCUAACUGAAAUGAAGUUUGGUGAGUAUGACUUCUUUGUUAUCAUCUCGGCUACACGUUUCAAAGACAGUGAUGCACAUCUGGCCAAAGCCAUCACCAAGAUGAAUACCAAGUUCUACUUUGUCCGUACCAAGAUAGAUGAUGAUAUACGUAAUGAACAAAGGAGAAAACCUAAGAUUUUCAAUAAGGACGGUGUCUUAAAGGAAAUCAGAGAAAACUGUUCAAAGCAUCUUCAGAAGGCUCUCUCCAGUGAGCCUCCAGUCUUCUUGGUCUCUAACUUUGAUAAGUCGGCCUUUGACUUCCCAGAGCUGGAGACCACCUUACUGAGAGAGCUCCCAGCCCACAAGCGCCACAUCUUCAUGAUGUCCCUGCACAGUGUUACUGAGACUGCCAUUGACCGGAAGAGGGAUUUCCUAAAACAGAAGAUCUGGCUGGAGGCCUUGAAGGCUGGAGCAUGGGCCACCAUUUCAUUUGGGGGCUUGAUCAGAGAUAAAACACAGAAGGUAGAGGAGACCUUGGAUCUCUACAGGUCUUACUUUGGGCUGGAUGAUGCCUCACUGGAGAAGAUUGCCAAGGAUUUUAAUGUGUCUGUGAAUGAAGUCAAGGCACACCUCAAGUCUCUCCAUUUGCUAACAAGGACCAAAGACAUGUCCUUAGAAGAAAAAUUACUGAAAUACAUUGAAUAUAUUUCCUCUGUUACUGGGGGGCCACUUGCCGCAGGCCUUUACUUUAGAAAGACUUACUAUUUGAAAAGUCUCUUCAUUGAUACCGUGUCAAGUGAUGCCAAGACUCUUCUCAAUAAGGAGGAGUUUUUAUCACAGAAGCUGGGGUCCUGCGUGUCUGAUGACCCAGAAUACUGGGAAGCAGCUAUGAAGCUAUGAGGAACUUACCUUCUGGCUGGCCUUGGGCCCUGACUUGGAGCCUACUAUGAAGUAGCAAUCAUUUGCAGUGAAAGACCAGAGGAUUCACUAUCCCUUUCCUCUUUCAGAGACAGACUGUCACUGUAGCAAGUGGAAGAAGAGUCGUCAGCAGUGUAAAAACUCAUGAGAAAGGCUGUCUCCCAUUAAAAUAUCACAUAUGAGAAUACAUGGUUGUAAACAGAUGACUUAAAAUACCUUUGUCCAAUUAAACUUGGAUCUUUUGUCUCAUGGAUAUUCUCCAGGCAUUGCCAUACUCUCCUAAGAUGAAGAAAUCAGUUUCCUGCCUUGGUGAAUAUCUUUUGGUGUUUAUCAAGUACAGGAGGCUGGUUCCCAGCACACAUCUCCACAUGAAGGGGUAUCUCCUGGACCCAGGAGACACAUGGUAGACUGUGACCAACAUCCAUGCUCCCUCCAGGAUGGACACAAAAGCUACAUGUAGAUGGGAUUGUGACCAUUGUCCAUGAUCCCUCCAGGAAGAGCUGAGUAACACAGGGAUAGGUGAACACACCUUCAAGUCCUCUCAGUCUUUGAAAACAAGGAUAUUUUAUUUCACAUCCUUCAUCAGUCAACCUGAAUGAGUUCAAACUUCAGGCUGUAGGCAGCACAAGCACUAGUUACAUUUUCUUUCUGGGCUGGAGGGAUGGCUCAGAA